UUUACAAGUCGCAGGGGUCUCAGUCAACGAGCGUUCGCGUCCCAGUGCAGAUCGGUCGCGGUGUAAAGUAUUAUCUUUUUGUCUCCGUAUUGGUCCCUCCGCCACUCCGUCGAUAGCGUAGCAUGUGCCCACCAGUUCACAGUCGCGUGUACGUUUACCUGCCGCAUCACCAGCCCCACAAUAAACUCGUGUCGUACGGCUACCGUUAGGGUCGCCGGUCACACUGUUCCGUGCUGAUACAAUUUGUCCACCUCGCGUGCAAACCGCGUGUAACCCGCGUGUGGCCCGUUGUCGCGAAACCGUCUCGAUCGGUGUACAGUGAAUAGUAUGAUUUUUUUUUGGAUAUUCCAGUGAAAUCGGUUCGGGAUUGCCUGUAUCGGGUGGGCGAGUUCGCACGUGGCACGAGAAGUGGUUGCGCGUGUAUCGGCAGCUAGACGAUCGGGACGAACGAGGCGGAGAUCGAAGGAGGGUAACCCCAACAGCUUCUCUCCCGGUCACCGGACAAGAAGGGAAAAAAAGAGAAUCGAGUGAACGGAACGGAAAGAUCGGGGACAAGAUACGAAAUUGCGAGAGCAAACCGUCGAGAGGGACAGAGACCGCGCCGGGGAGGGGGAAAGGAGAGAAAAAGACAGAUAGAAAUCUCAUUUCGACGAGCAACCAGCCACAGGCAAGAUGAGCUGCUGCACGAGCGCGCCGAUCGUAACCCAAACUUGCGAGACACUGCUGAGCAAGUGCGAGGUGCCGAUCAUCGACCUCGCUCACAUGGGCACCGAGAGAUGUCCCCAGAAGGGUGUCGUGAAGCAAGUGGCUUCGAAGCUGUUAAGGGCGCUGUCCGAGAAAGGACUGGCCUUGCUCGUCAACCACGGCAUUCCGGAAUGCAAGUUGAAGGCCGCUUACAGAGCUCUGGACGCGUUCUGCGAGCUACCGGAGGAGACGCGAGCCAAAUACCAGAAGAACUCGCCCAACAACCAUGGUUACAUCAAGCCUGGACCGUCCACGUACACCGACGAGAAAGAAGCUCGACACGUUUUCAACGUGACCGGAAGUGGCGGGAACCUGCCGGACGAGGAAGUGCCAGGCUUCAAAUUGGCCGUCGACGAACUAGCGCGAGAUUUCAAACAGCUGUCCGCCAUGCUCUUAACUGCUCUGGCCGUGGGCCUAGAGCAAUCACCUGACUUCUUGCUCUCGAAGCACUCGCGAAUGCUGGAAUCUGGUAACGAGUCCAUCCUUCGUCUACUUUACUAUCCGCCCCUUGGUGCACCGGCGCCAGGACUGGCUCGUUGCGGCGCCCAUUGCGAUUAUGGGACUCUCACCUUACUAGCACAGGACUGCGAAGGAGGUCUGGAGAUACAAACUCCACAUGGAGAACGGUGGGGACGUGUCGGCCAUCUUCCGGGUGCCAUUUUGGUGAACACCGGCGACAUCUUGGCGAAUUGGACGAACAAUCAGCUACCAGCGCUUCGACAUCGCGUCGUUGUUCCGGAACACUGCGGCCGAGGUCGUCAUUCCAUUGCCUUCUUCGUCCAUCCAGAUGACAACACACCCAUUGAACCACUGGAUACCAAAAUCGCGAUACCUAAUCAAGAACCAGCGCCGUGUCGUUUACAAAAAAAGAAACGCGGAGUGCUGACCGCGUAUCAACAUCUGCAGCGUCGUCUUCGAGAAACUUACGCCUCUUAAUACUGUUGACUCUAUUAUACGUUUUUUGUUCCCCUCGAACCAGAAUGGUCCAAGUAACACAACCAUUGAAUAUUGAAAACGAACGACACGCGACGAUGGAUUAAUCUGAUUGGGAAACUAAUCGUCUUAUAAUGAAAUUGACGAUAAACAAAGAAGGGCAUGAUCGAGCAAUUAAUGUUGAAACGAUAUAACACGCCGUUUCAAAUGAGACAGGAAUUCCAUUGGUAACUUGUAAGAACUGCGACGAUGAUGAUGAUGAUGUUGCAUCACGAAGGCAAUAAUAAAGAAAUUUGUACUUACAGUUUGUAAAAAGGCAUUUUAUACAAGCGAAUUUAGAUUUCCCAAGUACAAGAAAGAAGAUAGGAUUUUUUUUCCAUUUUAUAUUUAACGGGCAUUGUUCCGUAGUCACUUAAAUACAAAAACAUCGAUUCAGAAUCCGAUAUCCCACAUGACUUUCGGACGCUUUUUCUGUAAUGUGACACAGACUAUAGUAUCUCCAGGUUGGAAUGACACAGUCGGAUCAUCGAAUCUAAGGCCGCACUCGACGUUCAUUUCUAUUUUCGACACCUCGUCUUUCAAGUGUCUCAUUGACACUAAUUUUCCUGCAAAAAAAAGUAUUUACAUAUUAUUCGACACUUGACUGAUACACGUACUAUACAAGUAUUAUUAUUUUAAUGUACAUCGAGAAAUUAAGAGAAGCAAACAAUAAAGAUGAAACAAUUGAUACUGUC